AUGGAAAACAAGCAAGACUGCAAGGAGAGACACCAAGCACUGAAGCUUUCGAGAAGCCAUUGGAGUGAAGUGAUGGAGAACAAGACAUGGCUUUGGAGGAAAAGGUCUUCCGAAAAGACAAUUGUGGCAACAAACAAAUUUGGCAUUUCUGUGAAAGGAAUUGAUGAAGAGACGCAGAAUAUUCCAAUUGGGAGUGGAGUAGGACCAGUUAGACGAAAUUUAAACGAGAAGUUAGCUUCAGUGCUUCUUGAUUUUCAUGCAAAAGAUGAUCCUGUGACAGAAGAUGAAAAAUCAGAACAGAGAGCCACAGCAGCCCAGGAAAAGACAGAAGCAGAAGUAGAUUGCCUAAAGAAAGAACUUGAUGCAGCUCUGAAGCAAGGAGUAGCUGCAAAUGAAAAAUUAAGUAACUCAGAUGCUGCAUUAAAGCAAUGCUUGCAGCAGCUAAACUCUUUUCGAGAAGAACAGGGGCAAAAGAUACAUGAUGCUGUCAUGGAAGCAACAAGUGAAUUUGAGAAGGCACAGAAAACAUUGGAAGAGAAGUUGAUGGAGACAAGCAAAAGGCUUACAAAUUUCGCCAUUGAGAACACAAAUUUAAGUAAUGCCCUUUUACUCAAAGAGAAAUUGGUCGAAGAACUGCAUAAACGAGCAUCUCAGACAGUUGCAGAAUUCAAUACACUAAUGGUAAGAUUAGAUUCCACGGAGAAAGAGAAUACUUUUCUGAAGUACGAGUUUCACAUGCUUCAGAAGGAACUUGAGGUUCGGAAUGAGGAACUGGAAUAUAGCCGUCGGUCUGCUGAUGCAUCACGCAGGCAGCACUUGGAGAAUGUGAGGAAAGUCACAAAGCUAGAAGCAGAAUGUCAGAGACUCCGUACGCUACUGCGGAAAAAGCUUCCUGGUCCUGCUGUUAUCUCGAAGAUGAAGAGUGAAGUUGAAAUGCUGGGAAGGGAGCCGGUGGAAUCAAGAAGAAAACUGAACCUCACCAGAGAUUUGGUACUCAGAGACCCAAUUAUGGAAAAUUCUCCAGAAAUUCCUGUAAAGAACAUUGAUUUCCUGAUUGAACAAUUACGUGGUAAGGAAGAGGAUAAUGCAGUUCUGAGAGAAAUGAUGACCAGGAAGAAUGCUGAACUCCAAUCUUCAAGGGCCAUGUUCUCACAAACUGCUUUAAGGUUAUCACAGGUUGAGGCUCAGCUUAUAGAGCUUUCUGGAGACCAGAAAUCUGUGCAGCUGGCAAGGCAUAGCCCAUCAUCACGUGAACUCCUAUCUCCAAUUGCAGGUUCUGAUACUGGAUCGUGGGCUAAUGCUCUAAUCUCAGAAUUGGAACAUUUCAGAGAUGGGAAACUCAAGAGUCAGUCGGAACGUAAAGCCAUUGAAAUUAUGGACAUGAGUUUAAUGGAUGAUUUUGUUGAGAUGGAGAAAUUAGCUAUAGUUUCCACGCAAACACCUUCUGCAGGUGGGAAUCGCCCUUCCUCAGCUGGUAAGGAACUAGUUUCUGCGGAACAAGAGAUCCACUCGAAAGUCAGCUCAAAUGAUAAGUAUUUCGACUGGCUUCAGGUUGUUCUGACGGCAAUAUUCAAACAGCAGCGUAUUUCAAAACGAAGUCUAACUGAACUCCUGGAGGACAUUAAAAUUGCUUUAGGUUGUAUAAGCCAUCCAAAUGCUUGUGAACAUGAUAGAGCAGCGUUCUCAAGGCAUCCUCUGGAAUGUGAUAUUAGUGGUUAUAUCACUUUGAAGCAUCAAAAUGAAUAUUCGAUUGCGGAUUCAUUGAUUGAAUCUUCCAGUAUCGAUACCCCAGUGAAAGAAACAAGCAAACAACAAGAUCAAUGUAAUCUGAGUAAUCUGCAAGAAGAGAACGAUAGCCUGAAAAAUGAGCUGAACGAUAUGGAAGCCAGGCUGCAGUCUGCAACUGAUAAGACAGAGGCUCUCAUGACGAAGCUUCAAGAAUCAGAACAAAGUGUUGAAAGGUUACAGGCAGAAGUGGAGAUUUUGAAGGAAUCAAAAGGAAUGAUUGAGGAUCAGAUUGAAAAUCAGAAGUCAAUCAAUGAAGAUCUUGAUACUCAGCUUACAGUUACAAAAUCUAAAUUGAAUCAGGUCUUCCAGAAGUUCUCAUCUUUGGAAGUUGAAUUGGAGGAAAAAAGCAACUGUUGUGAAGAAUUAGAAACAACUUGUCUCGAGCUUCAACUUCAGCUGGAAAGUGCUGCAAAGGAAACCCGGAGCUGUGGCAUAAAUGAAGAGGGGAAACAACCGCAGGAUGGCUGGGAAAUCAAAGCAGCUUCUGUAAAGUUGGCAGAAUGCCAAGAAACCAUCCUUAACCUUGGAAAACAACUGAAGGCUCUGGCUUCACCAAGAGAAGCAGCACUCUUUGACAAGGUUUUCACUCCUGCUGGUGCCGCUGCCACUGCCACCACCGCCAAUAUCAAGAACAUGAACAGACGCUUCUCCUUACGUGAUCAAAUGAUAGCUGAAGAUAGAUCUAAAGCAAUUAUUCUCAGAUCUCCAACUGAAGAUGCACAAAAAUCCUCUCUUAACCACUCAGAGAAUGAUAAUGGAUUGAUUGGUCCUAAUGCCUUGGUAUGUGCUCCUGAAGCAUAUUUUGGACCAAAGCACAAAUCCGUUAAUGCUGCAGUCGAGGCUCUGGCUAUUGUUCCUAGUAAAAAACAAGGAUUUGGUUUGCUAAGGAGGCUACUGAUGAGAAGAAAGAAAGGGGCAAGCAAGAAGUCUCUAUCCUUAGUGAAGGUAUGA